UGCUGCGACUUUGGAAUGCAAUUGAUCCCAGACAACCAGCUGGAGGGUCAGUGCUUUCCCAGAUCCUAGUGCAGCCCUGCAGCACCACACUGCACACUCCACCAGUUGGUUUGGGCAGAAGGUUAUUCUCUCCGGGGCAUUUAUAAUCAAUGUACCAUGCACUGAUAGAUGCCUCCUCUAUUGUUUGACCAUGUGCCCGGAUUGGCUGAACAAGUGUGGGAAACAUCAACAAGCUUGAGACUCACAUAUCGGCUUGGCCAUUCUGGGUAUAAAUAGAGGCUGUCACACAGCCUUGUGUUCAGCACAGGAACCCCUGAUCCACAGAACUGUGGCCCUAACUGGCAAGGAUAAGAAUGGCUCCCAGCAACAGCUUCAUGGCCCAGGUGGAGGAGAAACUGCUGCCAAAAGAGAAGAAUAAACUGAGGAAGCCGGUGGUGGAGAAAAUGCGCCGGGACCGGAUUAACAGCAGCAUCGAGCAGCUGAAACUCCUGCUGGAGAAGGAGUUCCAGAGACACCAGCCCAACUCCAAGCUGGAGAAAGCCGAUAUCCUGGAAGUGGCAGUCGGCUACUUGAAACAGCAGAGCCAGCUGCAGACACAAACGUUCAGUCAAAAGAGCCCAGAACAGGAUUUUAACACUGGUUACCUGGAGUGCCUGAAGGAAGCUCUGCAUUUCCUCUCCUACUGUGAGCCUAAGAAGGAAGCUCAGGCCCGGCUGAUCAAGCAUUUCUGCAAAGCUCAGACAAUUCCAGACAACCUGUGCUCACCCCCCAUGCAUAGCCCACCUUCACUGCCAUGUCUGGUACCCAGGAAGCAUCCUUCCCAGAAGAACAUCCCUGUGACUGUUGCUGCCAUCUGGAGACCAUGGUAGACUGGACAUUUAUGUGUGUGUGUGCUGCAAAACCAAAGGGAUCUUUGAUUUAAUGGUCCCUCUUUAAAGUAGGAAACUUUGAUUUCCAGGAGGGGGUUUUAUUGUUUGUCAUGAGACAUGUUCUCUGCAGUAGUUUCCCUUCAUGGUGAAGGAUGGUGUCUGUAUCUUGCAGCAAACAUGCUGCCCUUAUGGGUGGCUCCUAGCUGAAUAGAGGUCCAAGCCCUUUGGCACUUUACAGAGCAAAUCUCCCAUUGGCUUCCAAUCAGAGUUUAGCUCGAUAAAUGCCCUUUGAAGUCAAUGGGAAUCUUCAUGGAUUUCUAUGGGCAUUGAUUCAGGAGCUGCUUUGGCCCUAUAUUAGGUACUGAUCUUCAGAAAGAGGGGGCAUUUGAGGAUGUAAUUUGUAUCAUAAAGAGAAUCUAGCCUUUACCUUUUGAGUGAAAGAUUUGAUUCAGAAAUAUUGAUGCUUCUGAAGUUCCUAUACUAUUUUAGUAUAUGAUUACUAUAGAGUAUAAUCUCUUGUGCAAAGUUAUUAUGAUAACGAAUGACUGUAGGAGAAAUUCUCUUAACAUGCAGCAUGGGUUAAUCUCAGUUGAGGGAUAAUUGAUGCCUUUUGUAAAGGAAGUACCUGCUGUGUAUUUUACCUAGUAGGGAUGGGAGGUGGGAAAUGUGUACUCUACAGUCAUUCACUGAAUGUGCUGAUGAGCUUAACAUGCUUUUAUAAAGUUGUGAUGUUGAAAGUGACAUUGGUUCCAUUACUGUAAAUGUCAAUAAAAUAUUUUUUUUAUU